UGUGAGGAAAAAAAGAAAUUGAGUUUUUAUAAUGAAACGAAAUAAAUUGUCAAUAUCUCUUGGUUUUCUUGUUUUCAUUACGUUUACACAAGUUUUCAACAGCGCACUUACACUACAUCUCCCAUACGGCACUUGGGCAACUCCCGGUAAAUGUGAUGCCCAUAUUUGGUAAAUCGGUAGCAUCACGUGACUGAUUUCGUGUGCCAAUCACAUUAUUGGCAGGAACGUGUCGCUUUUCAAAACUAAGACAAGUAACUGGCGUGGAGAUGUUCCACGGAGAUAAACACGGUAACCUAAAUGGAUAAAUAAGUUAAUAAAAAUUAAUAGGGCUGAAAUGGAUGGUAAAAUGAUUGGACCGGGACCUUAUAGGGCGACGAAAUUGUGGAAUGAGACCAUCAGGCUCUUCCGUGGUGGAAUGCCAGUCAGACGUCACUGGGCUCAUUUCAGGAGUUAUGACCACAGUUUCACAGGAGCCGAGGCUGUCGACUUCCUCUACGAGCUGCUCAGACGAAACCAGAACUUCGGACCGGAGGUGACGCGCUACCAAACACUCCAGCUACUUCGGAAAUUCUUCAAAAACCAUGUCAUCGAGGAUGUCAAAGGACGAUUUGGUAAAGACGACUUUGAGGACAGUGGACAUUUAUACAGAUUUCCCCCACAAUCACCUCUGAAGCCCGUUCCUGUGCGUCCACCUGUAAGAGAUCACAGCUCAGUACCCAGAAUCCCACGCUGGGAUGACUUUGAAGAGAUAUCAGUGCCGGAGAAGAUCCCAGUGAAGCCUCUUAUGAAUUCCGAGUCGUGGAACAAGAGGCACAGCAUCGCCAUCGGUGAGGUUCCUGAAUGCCGUUUAAUCCGGAGGAGAGAAUUAACCCCGAAACACGUGGACCAGAUAUGGAAGUCAAUGACACUAACACAUUUACAGACUGUUUUGGGUCUCCAGUCUCUGGACAGGGUUUUAGAUGCCAAACUUCUGAGCCCCAAGCACAUCGUUCACAAUGUUUUUGGUGUUAAUAAGCAGGGGAUUGUUGUGCUGAAGAACAAAGCAGAGGACUUGCCACAUUGGGUGUUAUCUGCAAUGAAAUGCCUGGCAAACUGGCCCAAUGGGAAUGACGCCAGGCAGCCCAUGUAUCCAGGGUUCGAGAGAGAUGUCUUCAGGACAGUGGCAGAACAUUUUCAGAGAUUGAAAGAGCCACUUUUGACUUUCCAUCUGUAUGAAAUAUUUGUCAGUAUUUUGGGGCUUCUGCAGUCGGUUGCGGUUGAAGCGCUGCAGGUCUGCUGUCUCCUGCUGCCUCCAGCCAACCGUCGUAAACUGCAGCUGUUAAUGCGUCUGAUGGCUAAAGUCUGUGCUAACCCCUGUCUCCCCGCUCUGAACGACACCAUAGGAGCUCGUACCCUGAUGGUCCAGACCUUCUCCCGGUGCAUUCUGGGAUCUGCGGAUGAGGUGGACUUGGACGAGCUGUUGGCCACCAAGCUGGUCACGUUUAUGAUUGAUAACCACGACAGUGUGCUGAAGGUGCCGUCCAACCUGCGAAAAUCUGUUGAGGAGCAUCUGUCUCACCUCAGAAGAGCCCAGAUAAAAUAUGCGGGUGCAGACACGGACACCGCCAUGGCGUCUCCACCUCACUCGUUCUGCAGACAGAUCAGCAGAGAGGAGUUUGAGCAGCAGAGGGUCUCUGGAUCUCAAGGAGCCAUGGUGGAACUACUGGAGAACAUCAUACAAGACAAGAACAUGUCCAUUAAAGACAAGAAGAAGAAGCUGAAGCAGUUCCAGAGAUCUCAUCCUGACGUCUACCGCAGACGCUUUCCCACCGCUGAAAGCGAGGCGGCGGUUUUCCCAGAGAGACCCCAGAGACUCAAACCUCAGCUGAUGUUCCUCACGCUGAAGAAACCCUUCCAGCCCUUCCAGAGGAGCUGGAGCUUUCGUGCUUGAGUCAGCGCUCAGAGUGCUCAGUCUGACACUAGGGCGACUGUGUUAGGAGCUGUUAUUGGUUUAGUUUGACCUCCAGCUGCAGGUGUCGUCUAACAGCUGGUAAGUUCUCAGUUCUGCUAAAUUAUGCUGUCACUGAUAAUCAGCCAGAGGAAAUAUGUGCCGCUCACCAGAAAAUGGCUUUUGAAAACUCCGAUUUUCGAUUUAGGUAGAUGUCAGUGUCACAGCAACCACUGAUGCACUAGAGGCUGCGCUAUAUUUCUGUCUGUCUUUUGUGUUUUUAUACUUCAGUGUUCUCUGUUUUCACUGGUUUGUAUGUGAUACUUUAAGUCCAUGUUUCUUUGGUUCUUUUGUUUUGUUCUUUCUUUGUAUUUGAUUUGGUAUUAAAGUAGUUCUAUUUUGUCCUGUUUGAUCACGUCACGUAGCACUAAAGAAAACCUUCACAUUUUAUCACUUGACUAUUUAUAACUGAUUGUGAUCGACUCUGUCAUGGUACUGUAAGUAUAUCGUUCAAAAGAUACUGUUUCAAUCUUCACUGGUGUUUUCUGUAAACUGGAUUCAGCUGGCAGCUUUUACAUGUCUUUGUGCGUUUUUAAAGUAAUGGAUUGUAAUUUUAAUACAAUGCUGGAUCGAAUUCAGUGUCAGUGUCAUUCAGUAGGACUUUUUCAAAGUUGUGUCCCCAGUGUUUUGAUUUUGUACAAAUUAUGGAGUUAUUGUUACUGAUUUGGACGUCUACACUGUGAUCACAAAUAUGGAAUUGGAAAAAAUAAAUCGAUAU